UUACUUUACUUGUGUAGUGGUGCUUAGGUGGCUGCCACGUUAACCUACACUGUGGCCUCAAACGAAAAAGGACUAAGUCUUAAAUAUGUUUUUAUUUCAUGUAUCGUUAGUGUGGAACAGGGUAGCAGACCGGUUGUAAACCAGUGCUGCAACCCUGGCUAGAAAGCUUUGUUUCCUCCCGGGUGACAAAGACAGAACACAGAUGAAGAUCACUGAAGAUCCCUGUUUCCGGUCCUUGGUGUCAGCUUGGGGCGCCUAAAGCCUCUUCACAGCAGACAAGGAAGGCUUGGGAGCGAAUCAGCCUCUCUCGGCUACUCCUCCUGGACAGACAGUUGGGACCACAGCCUCCCUGCUGUGUGUGUGGAUUGUAGUUUCUAUUUAAAGGUGGUAAAUCACCCCGAGCUCAAAGCAAAGUCAAUAUGUCUGAACAGGUAACACUCAGCAACAGAGAACUGGUGUUGUUUUACAUCAACUAUAAACUGGAUCAGAAGAACUAUCCUAAUGGGCUGCUUCUGACGACGGACAGUACAAAUCGGACUGAGGGGGGUGGGGAGAGCGUGCUGGGGACCGGUGCUGCAGCAGUAACCACCACGACGACGACGACAACGAGUCCUCUGCCCAACGGCUCUGCCAACGGGACCAGCAGCCAAGGGGGCACGCCCACGCCUCCGCGCUCCCCAACGCGGGCGGCCUCCUCCUCCUCGGCGGCGGCGGUGAGCAUGGAUGCCGUCAAGGAGGCCCUGCGGGACUCGGCCAACGAGUUUGAGCUGCGCUACGCGCGGGCCUUCAGCGACCUGUCCUCGCAGCUGCACAUCACGCCGGCCACGGCCUACCAGAGCUUCGAGAGUGUGAUGGACGAGGUGUUCCGCGACGGCGUCAACUGGGGGCGCGUGGUGGGCCUGUUCGCCUUCGGCGGUGCCCUGUGCGUGGAGUGCGUGGAGAAGGAGAUGAGCUCGCUGGUGGGCCGCAUCGCCGACUGGAUGACCGUCUACUUGGACGAGCACAUCCAACCCUGGAUACAGAGCCAAGGCGGAUGGGAUCGCUUUGCGGAGAUCUUCGGCAAGGACGCGGCGGCGGAGGCCAGGAAGUCCCAGGAGGGUUUCAGGAAGUGGCUGCUGGCCGGCGUUACCCUGGUGACCGGGGUGGUGGUGGGAUCGCUCAUCGCCCAGAAGCGCCUGUGAAGAGGCCACCGGCCAAUCGCAACAAGGGACAGUCAAGUCAGCUGACCUAUAACAACAUGAAGGAACGAACGAACCCCUGUUGCAACGCGUUAUGUGCUCAUGCCGUAUUAUGUAGUAACCUGACCACAAAACAAAAACAUGUAACAGAUUUAUACUUCAUUAUGUAGUGCUUGAGGCAUUUUGUCAUCAUUUACGCAUUUUUUCAAUAAGCUUUCCAGUGACACACAACACUUCAACAAGUACCGAUAGUAACUUUCUUCUGCAUUUUCUUCUGCAUUACCACAAGCUGCAGUGGUUAUUAACAACAUUAAACAAAAUAUAAACAGUCGCACCAGUUUACAUUUAUUCCGCAGUUACAAAAUGCGUGGAUUUACAAAAUGCGUAAAGCGUUACAAAAUGGAGUGGAAAUCUAAUACAUUGUCAGGUUUUUUUUUUCAUUUUGUGGUGCUUAAUGCAUAACGCGUUGUAGCAACAACACGCUCAGAAAUAUAUAUAAAUAUAUAUUAUUUUUGUUUUCUUUCCCGUUUUGCCAAGAAUCUCCAUGUUUACAAAAAAUGCUCCUGCCACCAUUUCCACUAUUACCCCACCACCACAACCUACCCACAAGGCACCACCACAACCUUCCCUACCCACAAUGCACCACCAUAACCUACCCACAGUGCACCACCAGGACGGCCUGGCACACCAGUGGGCACACCGUGCCUGCACCCAGCUGCCACACGCAUCAUGACCCCUGCCACUCGCUAGCCCAGGACAAGGGACAAAGGACUGUUAUUCAGUGGGACUCGAGCAAGACUAUAUACUAUGUGAGUGGCACAGCUCGACUACAGCGGAGACAAGACUAUAUACUAUGUGAGUGGCACAGCUCGACUAAAGCGACGACAAGACUUCCAGCCUAUUCUUCACCUUAACACACAGGGAAAAAACAAAACACAUGAAAGCUCAGAAAUGGAGCAUAAAAAAGUGGACCAAACUUUAAAAACAUUGUUUCUUUUCCUCUCUGUUCUGUUUAUUUUGUUGUUGUCAAUGUUGUUUCCUGACUAGUUUGUGUUUUUUGUUUUCUCUUUUCUUUUUGUGAGCAAGUACAGAUUUUAAAAGUUUCACAAGGUGAAAUACAAAGCUUGGAAGUUUUUGAGCUGGUUAUGAAGGCUUACUUAAAAAAAGACUUCUUUUGAAAGGAAGCCUGGUUUUUGGACGUAAAGGUGAAGCAUAACCCCUUUGUAUUUUUUUGUAUGUACGAUAUCUAUUUUCUACUGCUAUGGACUCCUCAUGUCUUUCAGAUGUCGUUUCUUUUUUGGUUAAUGCCUCUUCUGUCUCUCAUUCCUAAACGCUGCUGCAUCAUGGCCUGCUAAACGGCAAAGCAACCAAGCACUGACAUAAUACGAUGCUAGUCAACAUGCUAACGUGUUUUUGGUUUCGAAUCGCAAGGUUUGCAUGUUGUGUUUAUGAUUAUUUUGUUUUUCUUUCAAUUUGUUUGCUUCACGUUUGAGAGUGCAUUUUUGUGGAUGGGGAACGCUGUUGUGUGUUUGUGGGCAAGGGUGUCUUUCUUUUGUCAGGAAAAUAUUGUCAGCACAUCAGUCAAAACAAUAAUAAUAUCAAUAAUAAUUAUGUUCUUAGAACAGGUGCAACCAAGAUGAGUUGUUGUAUGCAUGUCUGUUUCCUUGUUUUAAACUCCCUAAAUAUUAAAACAUAAAAUGUCCACUUAAAGUUU